GAGCGAGUUUCACAGAGGAAACAUACGGAAUUUGUGCUAGGCAAACUCUUAGCAACAUUCAAAAUGCCAAGCAAAGAAGAGCUGUGCUUUGUAUCAGAAGCUAAGGCUACUACAACACAAGACUUUUUAUCAAGAGACAUUGACGAUUUAGUGUUAGAAAUUAAAGAAAACCUCAGAUUAAAAGCCCGACCGGCACACUUAAGUGGCGGCAAGCCAAGGACCCGAGCGUCACCAUACAGUGUACCAUCCCGGACGGAAAGCAAAUGUGGUUGUUGUGAAGGCCGACGUUGUAUACGGCGAGGGAUCGCUGCAAGAAGAAGUUCAGAUGAUCCUUAUGAAGCGCUACAAGAACUUUUGAAGGAUGGCGAUCUCAUCAAGGAGGCAGUGAGGCGACUUCAACUUGGACUUUCGCCUAAACAACGGGUGUAUUAUGACUCAGAUGAUGAACUGAGAACCCCACCAUACCCUUUUGAUCAUAUAGAAGUGUAAUUCAAUUAGUGUGUUAUGGGCUCCGUCACCUACUCCAGUGUACCGUAGUGGUGUAUACCGUUGACCGAAGCAAGUUCUUGUGUUCGAGUGUGAACACUGCUGGUGCUGAAUCAGUUAUUAUCCAAGUUGUACAAUAUUCGUGGGAAUUAGUACUGGAUUACGGUAGUAAAUCCGUCAACGUGGAAGACUACGAUGCAGUUAGUAGAGGAAAGGUGCCCCUGCUAUAACGUACUGCUGCCUAGGCCAUCUGAGCCUGAGACAUCUACCAAAAUCGAAGUACAAAUAACACCGUGGCCACGAUGAGAACUCUUCUGUAACUGCCAGUGUUUAUUACACCCUGAGUGGACUCCCGUCCAGUGCACGAGAUACAUACUCCAACGAAAGGAAUGGUACUGAUCUACCAGUGUCAGUACCGGCGCUGCGCGGAGAGGAGGCACACGAAGGAUGCAGCAGUUACCAGUUCUCCAGGACGGCGGGGAACCGGAAAGUCUCCGCGUCGGUAAUAGUUGAUUCGCCACCAACGGUCGUCGCGUUCCGAGGGCGAGGGUCUCACGGCGAGCAAGAGCGGCCGAGGCGGCGUGCUGCGCUCCAUCAGUACGGGAUGACGGCCGACUUACAAGUUCUCUGAUCUCAGUGUGUGCUUGUGUCAACAAACGGAUCUGAAAAUAUAUUUUUUUUGGACAUUUAACACUUUCGACUUCUUCAUAAACCUUGAAGUUAGUGUGAUCAAAACUGUGCGAUGUUCUUGUAGUACUAGGAGAAAGACCUCAACAAAUUGUUGUGUUCCGUUGCCGUGGUGUACGAGAGGUGGUUAUCAUUCAUUUACAUUUCACGUGAAUGUGCAUUAAGUAGUGCGGUGCAGGAAUACAUGCUAAGUCCUAUUUCAAAUAAUGUUUAAGAGCAAUGUGUGUAUUUUACAUAUUGGUAGGAGUUGGAUUAUUAUUUUGAACGAGCAAAGUGAACAUAUUGAAUAAUUCACUAAACGAGUCUAUGAAGAUGAGUGCAAAAUUUUGAGUGAAUUCAGGUUCCACUUUACUAGUACAAAUAUCCCCACUUAACUGUUUCAGAGCUCAAGUUUUCUGUGGUCAUUAAUUUAUAUAUAUCAACAGGAAAUAAUGUGUGUAAUUCGAUAUGAAAUAAAUCUUUGAUGGCAAACCCGGUGAAAGCAGUUUGUCAACAAGUUCUUUGUUUCACAAAUAUCGCAAGUCAUCAAUUGAUUAUAAAUCUCUUCAUGUUGGCCUCUAACACCCCCUGGAAUGGAUUUUGACUGUAUGAGAUUUUGUCGUACUUUACUAUAGCCAGCAAUGCCGGGAGGUGAAUGAAGCAGAGUGAGCUCCAGUACCAGUAAUCCAUUUUCUCAGUGUGAGCAGCCCCUUCCCGUAAUGUUAAACGUAGAAACUUUAGCUCUGAUUGCGGAACUUUCACUCAGUUUUAGGCGUCCGGAUGUGUACAAAGAGUCAUACCAAAUUCAUGAGCUGGCAACUGGAAUGGAAGGAGUAAUGAAUGAGAACUUACGACCAGUGGUUCGUUGGUUGGUUAUGUUUGAAUGAUCUUCCUCGAUAUUAUAGACUUUGUAGUCACUUCAUCUUUUGUUAUCCUGAAUUAAAUGUGAUAUGUAUUUAUUAAGUCACCUUUUUGGAAUAUGUUUACCUAGUGUACAUAUAGGCACUGUUAAGACGCUUAGGUCAUUGUACAUAACUCACAUCUAGAUCAUUGUCAAUAAGUGCAUGUUUUAGUGCAUUUAAACAUAGUUUCUGUAAUUGAAAAGACACUGAUGUGUAUUUGUAUUAAAGAACGAAAUACUAAAA